AUGUUGGAUGUUAAUAUUCUCAAGCUACAUGUAUUUCCAUAUCCUGAUUUUCUCUUUCCUCCUUUCAGUACUCUAGACUCGCACAAUUUAGCCCUCUCAAAAUCUGAAAAUUGGAAAGCAACAGUGGAAUCUGCAGAAAGUUCUCUUGAACACUUGAUAACUCAUUUACUGGAACUGGAAAGAUUACAACAUACGACUAUUCGAAAAGAGAGGCCCAGACUACAAACUACUCUCUGUAUUCCAGCAGUUACUGAACGACCCUUUUCCUCCAAAAUUACACUAAAAGUGAGACAGCCAAAACCUUGUGACUCUUUGAGUCUUCAGAUACCUUGUGUAGAUAAAAGUCAAGAAAAAAGAAAAAACAAUUCUGGUUCUUGCAAACUUGAGCGAAAUUCUUUAAAAUGGAAUUGGAGCAAUGCUGGCAACAGAUGGAAUUCUAGACCGUCAUCUCUAAAAAGUUCUUCCACCACAAAACAAUUGAUUGCAACUUAUGAUGAAAAGAAUCCCAAAAGUUCUAUUUUAAAUCCAUGCCAAGAACUCUCAUCCAAGCCUACUGCUGGCCAGACAACUCAAUCACUGGUUAAAAUGGUCUCCACAAGAUGUCUGCCAUCGAGGUCUCCAAUGCCAGUUUCACCUAUACUUCUGUCUUUUCCCGAAAAUCAGAAGGAAAUUAAGGCACUGAAGAGAAACUUUGGAACCAAAAAGAAACGUUACCGACAAAAUGUAGUGUUGAAUAGACCAUUCUAUAUUCAGAAGCUAAACUGUUUGUCGCCUUCCUUUAUUGCUAAGGAUAAGUGCUCACCCACUGACCAAAAAUAA